AUGCAAAGCAAUGGGCACAACUUGGUGCAGGGACAGUCCACCUCCCUGGAGCUGGGGGCGCGGUGGGGCAGGCACUGCCACGCGGCGGGGGCCACCAGCCGCCCUGGCCAGCAGCAGCAGGCACGCAGGAAGCUCUAUCUGGCCGCCAGCAUCUGCCUUGCCUUCAUGGUGGGGGAAGCAAUGGGUGGGUACCUGGCACACAGCCUGGCCAUCUUGACAGAUGCAGCCCACCUCCUGACCGACUUUGCCAGCAUUAUGAUCAGCCUCUUUGCACUCUGGGUGUCUUCGCGCCCACCUACCAAAACCAUGAACUUCGGAUGGUACCGGGCAGAGAUCCUGGGCGCCUUGCUCUCUGUGCUCUCCAUCUGGGUGGUGACGGGUGUCCUGGUCUACUUGGCGGCCCAGCGCCUGCUCUCAGCUGACUAUGACAUAGAGGGCAGCGUCAUGCUCAUCACCUCUGCCUGUGCUGUGGCCGUCAACAUCGUGAUGGGGGUGGCUCUGCACCAGACAGGGCACAGGCAUAGCCACGGGGCAGUCAGCGAGCAGCCCAACCCUAGUGUCCGUGCUGCCUUUGUCCACGUCGUGGGAGACCUGCUGCAGAGUGUCGGUGUCCUCAUUGCAUCCUACAUCAUAUUCUUCAAGCCUGAGUACAAGUACAUGGAUCCCAUCUGCACUUUCCUCUUCUCUGCGCUGGUCUUGGGGACAACACUGACCAUUCUUCGUGAUGUACUCCUCGUCCUCAUGGAAGGCACCCCUAAAGGGAUGGACUUCAAUGCUGUGCGAGAGACGCUGCUGGCCGUGGCAGGGGUGGAGGCUGUGCACAGCCUCCACAUCUGGGCGCUGACGGCAACACAGCCACUGCUCUCGGUGCACAUUGCCAUCAAUGCAGGUGCCAGUGCCCAGGACGUGCUGGAGGAAGCCAGCUCCCGACUGCAGAGUGCCUUCCAUUUCCACACCACCACCAUCCAGGUAGAGAGCUACUCCGAGGAGAUGCGGGACUGCCAGGAGUGCCAGCCUCCCCGUGACUGA